CUUUAGUAUUUGUCAACAUGCUGAGUUGCAAGCAUUUGAUUGGUCCGCUGCUAAAUCGACAAUUUCGGCGGCACGCCAGCGGCAUUACGGCCCAGCUGCUAGAGCAGCGAUACGUGGAGCUGGCGCAGCCAGAUGGACAAAGGCUGAAGUACCCAAGCAUUUGGCUGCGAGACAAUUGUCAGUGCCCGGAGUGCUUCCAUGCAGAGACUAGAGCACGCAAAAGCCACUGGGAACGCGGCCCGCUGCACGUUAAGGCGAAACGCGUGAGCUACGACGAGAAGAGCCAACAGCUGAUUGUCAACUGGGAGGACGCGCACAGCUCCAGCUACGACUUGGAGUGGUUACAGGAUCGCGACUUUGGCCAGCAGUCGAGGCAACGAUAUCUGAAUGAGGUCUACAAGCCGCCGGUUCAGCUGUGGGGCAAGUCACAGUUUGGCGAGGUCACACGCGAGUUUUCGUAUGAUGAUGUGCUCAAGCAGGAUUCAGUUUUGCGCGACUGGCUCGAGGCAUUGGCCGUCCAGGGCUUCGCGCUAUUACAUGGUGCGCCCCACGACACAGAAGUCGCACGCCAUCUGGCCGAACGCAUAGGCCAUAUAAAGCGCACCACCUACGGGGAUGUGUUUGAGGUGAAGUCGAAGCCCAAUGCCAAGAACUAUGCGUAUUUGAUGACCCCGCUGCCGCUCCACACGGACAUGCCCUACUAUGAGUACAAGGCGGGCAUCAAUAUUUUGCAUACACUGGUUCAAUCAUCGUCACCGGGUGGAGCCAAUAUGAUGACCGACGGAUUCUUCAUAGCCGACAAGAUGCGUCGCGAGCAUCCAGACUAUUACGAGGUGUUGCGCACCAUUCCUGUGAAUUGGUUCGACAUUGGACACGAUGGCGACGCGGGCAAACCGUUUCAUAGCCUGUGGCGUGCGCCCGUCAUCUGCUUGGACGUUGAUGGCCAGUUUGCGCGGAUCAAUCAGAACACUACUAAGCGCGACAGUCGCUUUACUGUGCCGUUGGACCAGGCCAUGUCGUGGUACGAGGCCUACGAUAAGUUUCUUCAACUGGCCCAAGCUGAAGCUGUGGAGUUCAAGACGCGUGCGGGCGAUGUGUUUGUGUUUAACAAUCUUCGCAUGCUGCACGGUCGUACGGCGUACGAAGACUCACCAGACAACAAGCGGCAUCUCAUAGGAGCCUAUGUUGACUGGGAUAUUAUUUACUCCAAGCUACGUACGCUUAAGUUCCCAAACGCAAGGAAUUAGACACCACAUACUGAUUGACUGUUCAGUAAAAGACUACUAGAUAAAAUAAAGUUUUGUAUUUCUCUACAUGUA